AGCGGGCCGCGCUGUCGGGAGGAGCGGGCGCCGCCGCAGCGCCGGGCUGCCCCUCUGCCGGGGGCCGAGGGAGGCGGGCGGAGCCGCAGCGGCGGGUUGUGCCCCCCGCUGGAGCCGGGCGGUGCGAGCGGCCCCCAUGGACUUCUACGAGGCGCACCCCUCCGGAAAGGUGGAUUUCGGCAGUAAAAGACCCGUCUUGGUUCUUCAGAAUGACUCUCUCUACUCUCAGAGACGUCCUUACACCAGUGAAGAUGAGGCCUGGAAAACCUUUCUUGAAAAUCCCCUUACAGCAGCUACCAAAGCUAUGAUGAGCAUCAAUGGUGAUGAAGACAGCGCAGCUGCCCUGGGACUGCUGUAUGAUUACUACAAGGUUCCAAGGGAGAGGAGGUCUUCCACAGCUAAACCAGAGGUAGAACAUCCUGACCAAGAUCAUAGCAAAAGGAACAGCAUCCCAAAUGUGACAGAACAGUCGCUCAUUUCUGCUGGAGAAAACAGGGUCCAGGUUCUGAAAAAUGUGCCUUUCAAUAUUGUCCUUCCACACACACCCCAGAUGGGCAUGGACAAGAGAGGCCACCUCACAACUCCUGACACAACAGUCACCGUUUCGAUUGCCACGAUGCCCACCCAUUCCAUCAAAACGGAGACGCAGCCCCACGGCUUUGCAGUGGGCAUCCCACCAAGCGUGUACCACCCCGAGCCCCCCGAGCGGGUGGUGGUCUUCGACAGGAACCUCAACCCCGACCAGUUCAGUUCCAACACCCAGCCUCAGAACUCCCAGAGGAGAACGCCGGACUCCACCUUCUCAGAGACUUUCAAGGAGGGUGUGCAAGAGGUUUUCUUUCCUACUGAACUGAAUCUCCGGAUGGCCAACAUGAAUUCAGAAGAUUACGUGUUUGACAGCAUUUCUGGGAAUAACUUCGAAUACACUCUGGAAGCCUCCAAGUCCCUCCGACAGAAGCCUGGGGACAGCACGAUGACUUACCUGAAUAAAGGUCAAUUUUACCCGAUCACACUGAAAGAAGUGAGCAGUAGUGAAGGAAUCCACCACCCCAUCAGUAAAGUCCGAAGUGUCAUCAUGGUCGUGUUUGCUGAAGACAAAACAAGAGAAGAUCAGCUCAGGCACUGGAAAUACUGGCACUCAAGACAGCACACGGCCAAACAAAGAUGCAUUGACAUAGCCGACUACAAGGAGAGCUUCAACACCAUCAGUAACAUUGAGGAGAUCGCAUACAAUGCCAUAUCCUUCACUUGGGACAUCAAUGAGGAAGCAAAGGUGUUCAUCUCUGUGAACUGCCUCAGCACGGAUUUCUCCUCUCAGAAGGGUGUUAAAGGCCUGCCCUUGAAUCUUCAGAUCGACACCUACAGCUACAACAACAGGAGUAACAAACCUGUCCACAGAGCCUACUGCCAGAUUAAAGUCUUCUGCGACAAGGGAGCAGAGAGGAAGAUCAGGGAUGAAGAGCGAAAGCAAAGCAAGAGAAAAGGCAAGUGCACUGACCCCAGCUCUCAGUUGAAUGCCUUUUCUGAUGUCAAAGUGCCAAUGCUUCCCUCACACAAACGUACGGACAUCACUGUCUUCAAGCCCUUCAUGGACCUAGACACUCAGCCAGUCCUUUUCAUUCCUGAUGUUCACUUUGCAAAUCUUCAGCGUGGUGCUCAUGUCCUUCCUGUUGCUUCAGAAGAGCUGGAGGGUGAAAGCUCCAGCCUAAAGAGAGGAGCCUAUAUUGGUGAAGAGGACUUCAUUGCUACUCCAAAUAAGAUGGCCAGAAUAGAAGAGCCAAAAAGAGUGUUGCUGUAUGUCCGAAAAGAGUCAGAGGAAGUCUUUGAUGCACUAAUGUUAAAGACGCCAUCUCUGAAAGGUCUCAUGGAAGCGAUAUCCGACAAGUAUGAGGUUCCUUUUGAUAAAAUAGGAAAAAUCUUCAAAAAAUGUAAAAAAGGAAUUCUGGUCAAUAUGGAUGAUAACAUCGUGAAACAUUAUUCUAAUGAAGAUACCUUCCAGUUGCAAAUUGAAGAAGUUGGAGGAUCUUACAAGCUCACUCUCACUGAGAUCUAAGAUCAUGGAUCCUCUGUGGAUUUUAAACAAAGGUCUCAAGUGAACAUUUUCCCAUAAUUUAGGAUGCUGAGCAAAACGCUAGUCACCUUCUCCAGAAGAAAGCUGGAUAUUGACUUGUUCUGGGGAGCAGAGCAGUGUUUUUGCUUAAUAUGUUUGUGUUUCUGUUCUUUGCUAAGAACAUGGUAUUGCUCAUGAACUUACUUGCACUUGAAAUGAGUGAGCAAAGAUCGGUGAUGAAAUAGAGAGCAUGUAUAAAACACUACUAAAUACGGGAGGGGAAAACCCCUGGAAGGUGGCCUUUAGAGUGGUGAUAUCUUAUUUAUCUAUCCAGUAACCAUGUUUGAGCCUGUUAUCAGCUAAUGCCAUUUUAUUGGACUGUUUUCUGCUAAGUAGAGCUACGAAACUACUCGUUGAUACUAAUAGCAAUUGCGUGCAGGUUGGAGAAAAGUCUUUAUAAUGUUUACUCUUGAACAGGGCAGACUUGAAAUCACUUGUGUCAUUUGGGGGGAAUGUAAAACUGCCUUGCUUAUGAAGAACUCGCCUUACUAACUGUGUGAACUCUCAUCAGAUGAAGCUAUAUUGUAUAUAAGUGCAAUAUAUUUUUUGAAGGUUUGUAAAUGUGUACAUACAAGUGAUAUAUAAUAUAUAUAAAAUAUGGUGUUCUGUAUAUACCGUGAAUAUAUGCAAUGGAGCCCAUCUAAAAGGAUGCCAUAUACAGAGGAAACAGAUAUUUAAUGUAGCUAUUUAAAAAUGGACAAGCCCUUAACACGCACCAAAGGUGAGCGCACGUUUGUACAUUCAUAGAAGGCACAAGAGACCUGCUUGUUCAACACAGAUCUUCCUGCGUGGAAGGAAAAAGGUAUUGGCUCUCUCCUAAACCCUCCUGCACAGCAAGGCGAUGGCAGUCCUGCCUUCUCUUAUGAGCUGCCGCUUUGAGCCCUGACAGGCUGCAUUCCACUGCCCAGGGAGGUGACUUGUGCCAAGCCUGAGAGCUGCGUCCUGAGAGGAGCUGAGCACUUGCAGAUCACUUGAGAUUCACUUCUGGGGGUCAGGAAGAAGGUCUCCUAGAGGGUGGAUUUUUUGUUGUUGUUGUUGUUUUUUCCUUUAGCAAUAGACGUAAGGCUCAGCUGGAUGCUGUCCACAACAGCCCCUCAGGCUGGAUGAACCUGUGGGUAGGAGCCAGCUUGCAGGGUCCUAGGAUGCCAACAACUGGAAGUGCACACACAAGGCCUUUAAGAGAGGAAGGUGGCAUCCCAGCGCAGCAGUGAAGCAUUCCUUUGUAUAUACAUUGUCAGGCACUGACCCAGUGCUGAGGUGGAGAGACCACAGAGGGGCGGCUGGUAGCAGGUGUCCCGAGCCUAGCCCCAGCUGAGAGUGCCAAACACCUCCAAAAAAAGCUGCUCUGCAGUGGAUUGUACAGUAUUUACUUGUUGUGUGCAUGUGCUUAUGAAGGAAAGGCACCCCUCUGGUUAGUAGCAAGUGAAAGAGGAACAUUUAAACAGCAGCACUUGGCUCUAAGGCAAUCCCUGCAUUACAUGGUGAGCAGGUGAGUGCUAGUACCCGGUCCAGUGUCACUUAGUGCUUUUUUUUAGGGAUCUGAAUAAUGAAAGAGAGGUUUGUGAUGUUUUCAGACACCAUAAAACUGAGGAGAGCUGCAUAUGCCUCACCUAGGAUGUGAUGGUUAAUCUGGAUAGGCUGGAGAAAUAGCCUGGAAAAGUAGGAUAUGAUUCUACUUAAUGGUUAACAAGUUGUAACUGAAUGUUGUUCAGCUGUGUCACACUGCUGUUUGGAAGAGGCAGGCAAAUGCCACACUGAGCUCACGAACAGGAGCAUGGCCUGCAAGAAAUGGGAGAUCUGCCUUUUGCUCUACUUGGCAUCGCCAAGGCCUCUGUGGGAGCUCUGUGCCCUUCAGCAGAGCCUUGUCCUGUCGGGUGUCCCCAGGGCCAGACCGCCCUGUCCUUCAGCUGGAGCUCGUGGCCUCUGAUGAGGACAGGGCCGGAUGAGUUCCUGGUGAGGGGUCAUCUUCCGAAGAGCAAGUUGAGGGGAGCAGCCUCCCAGCAUGUGAUGGUGUUCUCCCAGUCCAUCGCAAGCACAGCAAGAAGUAGGGUGUAAAUUGCAGAAAUUCAGGUUAGGUGUCAAGGUGUUUUUUUUCUAGUGAGAAGUGCAGGUUGCCCAGGGAGCCCAGAGUUUGACAUCAGAGAUCUUCAGAACCAGGCUGGGCACAGUGGUCUCUGAACUGUCACAGGUAUAGCUCAUUGUCCCUUGGUGCUGAGACUAGGUGACUACUUGAAGUCUCUCCCUGCCAUAUUUUGUAAAUGAUUUACAUGAUCUAUAGUAUUUUGGGGUUUGCGUUCAGCCCAGUCCUGAGCUGGUUCAUAGACUGUUCCAUUCAUUCCUCCUCCUCUCCACUGUCUGGCCCCACAGAGGCUUGCUGACACUCCGGGCACCGUGUGGCCCCCUCUUCGUUCUGUGUCUGGAGUUAAGCAAACUCCUCGUGGAUGCAUCCGUUACUGUGGGCACGUGGAUGGAGACAGUGGGCUCGAAUCCAAAGGAGAGGAGCUGCCAUGCAGCACAGGGUGCUGAAGAGACUUGGCAUCACAUGCCACCUCACACAGGGAUCCACCGCCUCUAGAGCAGCCAUGGGACUCACCCAGCUGAGACCAACCCCCAGCUUGGGCUUCCCUGCAGCAGUCAUGGGAAUAAUGUUACUAUGGCAAGGGAAUUUCUUUUUUUAAACCUGAUAUAUAGAAUACAUAUAUAUAUUUACACAUUUUUAUUGCAAAUGGAAGUUUUAUUACAGACGCUCAGUCUAGGGUCAGGGAAGUAGAUGUAGAGUCUCCGUAGAGGUAGUAUUGACAUGGAUGUUAUUUCUUUUUACUGCUUAAUGAAGUAUGUGAACUAAAUCUGACGAUUGUUUUCCACUAUAAGAUACUCUGGGACACGGGUCUUAUAACAGUAGCAGCAAUGUUACAUAUGUUUUAUGAAACUGAUUUUGUUUGUUUGUUUUGACUGCUGUUUUUUAAUUGAAAAUGCAUUUUAAACCAAGCUAUUAAAUUUUAUAUGUUCAUUUCUAA